AUGGCUAACGAAAAACAAGAAGAAAACAAUGAAAAACAUGAAGAAUUCAAAGAAACUGAUCCUCUCAAAACGAACCUUGAAGAUCCCAAAAGUGAGAAACCACUCAAUUUUUCAGCUAAGUGCGCGUACGCGUUUAAAAAUAUAACCGUCGAACCAUCUAUGUUCUUCUUUAUAAUUCCAAUUAUUUUCUCUAUACUCACGUCUCAGAAUCUUAAUUUAGAGAAGGCAUGUCGCGUCAACUUGAAUUUCACAGAGGAAAUUUGCAAUUCACUUAAGAUGCAAACGGUGGGUGCACAGAACGAAUACGAAAAGGAAGUGCAAAAGCUGGUCGCGACUGCGAUGUCCUGGAAGACGUAUAUAACAGCGACCAUACCCUGUAUACUAGCGCUGUUCGUUGGGUCCUGGUCUGAUAAGACUGGCCACAGGAAAGUGUUCAUAAUCAUUCCUAUACUUGGCCAAAUGCUGGUAUGCCUCAACGGGAUCUUUCAUACGUUCUUCUUCAAGGAGUUGGGAUUGAAAGCGUUCGUCUUCAGUGAUGCCCUACUGGAUGGUUUUUCUGGAUCUUGGUGUAUAUCCAUGUUAAAUAUAUUUGCAUACAUUAGUGCAGUCACAAAUGAGGAGAACAGGACUUUUCGCAUGGGGAUAAUUAAUUUUAGUUUGACCGUUGGUUUUCCAAUCGGGAUGGGCCUCAGUGGAACAUUAUUGAGGUUAUUUGGUUAUUAUGGCUGCUUUCUUAUAGCUCUAGGUAUACAUUUUGGAAACCUACUUUACAAUAUAUGCAUUUUGAAGGACCCCCAGAGAUCACCAGAACAGAAAGAACACGAUAAGCGAGGCUUUGGACAUUUACUUCGAAUCUUCUUUGAUCUGAGCAACAUGAAAGACACCAUAAAAGUGGUAUUCAAAAACGGACCGAACCAUAGACGACUGCGCAUUACAACGUUGUUGCUCUCUGUUGCUAUAUUAUUUGGACCUUUGCAUGGUGAACUGUGUAUAAUGUACAUAUCAACGCGUUACAGGUUUAAUUGGACCGAAGUAAUGUUUAGCAUCUUCCAAGCCUACAAUUUCAUUUCUCAUACAAUAGGUACAAUAUUUUCAAUUGUCGUGUUCAGUAAAUACCUGGGAUGGCAUGAUUCCACAUUAGGUAUCAUAUCUUCGGCGAGCAAGAUAUCGGCUUCUUUCAUUUAUUGUUUUGCUCCGAACGAGAGGAUAUUUUUCAUUGCUCCAUUAGUGGACAUUUUGAAUGGAACCGCACUAUUAGCGCUGAGAUCGACAGUAUCAAAGACCGUCGCACCAGACGAGUUUGGCAAGGUGAAUUCUAUAUUCGCUUUAACAGAAAAUCUUAUGCCUUUGAUUUAUAUACCCUUAUAUACUAAGGUAUAUACAGCCACUAUGGAGGUUCUCCCAGGAGCUGUAUUCCUCAUGGGAUCAGCCAUGACGUUGCCUGCUGUUUGCGUAUUUAUAUGGUUGCUAUGGGAACACAGAAGAAAUUCAAGAAGAGCUAAAAAGGAAAUGUUCGAAAACCAUGAUGUUAAGUUAACAGCAAUCCCAAUAGAAAGUCCCGUUCUCGAAAUUAAACAAUAG